GAUAUGUACAGGCACCAUGAGUAGGUUUUCUCCUGCUCAUCCACGAGAUUGUACUUUCCACUUUUAGAAGUUUCUUGUCUGCUGCUCGCAAAGUUGGAGCCCAGCCUGAAUCUUUGUUAGUUGAGAAGUUCUGUGGAGUUGAUUGACUACUUUUUUUUUCGAUCGAAGUAUGAUGUCGCUUUUGUACCCACGGUGAACUAAUUUUGCUGCAAUAAGAACUUUGAGGAGCAACGAACAAGAUUCUUGCGAUUCGACUUCGAUUAUUAAGUAGUUUUUCUAAUCGCUGUUGAAAACGCAAACGCUUGAUAUUUUUAAUUUUUAUUUACGUUACGGGCUUGAGUGUUGUCCCACUCUCCACCCUGUUGCGUUGUCUCUUCAUGUUCUUCUGUCUCUGACAUUAAGAUUAUAAUCAAACACCAAUUUUAUUUGCAUACCUCAUUUUCUUCUUGUUUCCCCACGAGAACAAGGCUACCCGCCGACCUAGGUGCUUCUAAGUACAACAGCACGCCGCAUAGACCACCAACUCACUGACUGAUUUAUCAUCGCGUGCCAGAGGUUGAGGUGCAACUGUCACAAGAAGCACGACACAAAUUUUUGGUGCGCAGUAAAAAGUGGAGACCACGUGGUUUUCCGGACUCGAAAAACAUACACGACCAGCAUGAGUGGCGGAACAUCAACAUCGCCACGGAAGGCCAAGGCGGCUUCUUUUCCGCCGCGGGGGUCGUCGCUGGUCGUGUGCUAUGCAUUUAUCUCGUCGACGACGCUGCAGCUUUCCUCGAGCUUUUUUGGGGGACCAUGUCAGUUUUCGAGUUCGCUAUUGGGGGCUACUGCACUGACUCUGAGACCAGGUGAACAACGAAGGCAAAAGCAAAAUCAUGCACGACAGAAAAACGGUAACGGCGCGCACGCGCAGCAAUACCAGCAAGGCAAAUCGUCAUCUUCGUCCUGGACCUGGGGCGGACCUGGACGCCCAAGCGACGUACCAUGGCCCCCGCCCGGAAUGACCUGGAAGGAAUUUCGUGAGCGAGGGCAAGAGAUGGAGAAGCUGAUGGCGGAAAGAGCGACUACACAAGCGAAGAACGAACAGGACGAUGGUUCCACUCCCGAGAUGAGAAGAGAAAGAGGAGGACGCUCAGAGGGUGCGAGGACGACCGAGAGGAGCCACCAUGUCGACGGGCCUCUGCAACAAGCUCCUGUUGAGGAGUUUCGUGAUACUGUUACUGACUCAAGCCGCAUCCAAGCAGCAGCUCUGCUGCAGCAGCAGCGCCUGGAAGAUGUGAGCGAAAGCAAAAGAGCCGGCCAACAUUCGGGGAAGAAUAAGAAAUGGACACCAUCACAAGAUGAACAAAAGGCGUCAGAAGACGUAUCGCCUCGACAUGUUGUUGUUGACGAACGGAUGAAACAAGGUUCACUCUUAGCGUCGAUUUCAUCUUCGCAUGAAGAGCAGCAUUCCAACUGCGGCUUGUUCUCACACGCAUCCUGUGGAAGCACCGAAACUUCCGGCCCUCUUUGGGGCGACGUAGCUGCAGGAGCGGCUGGUGCUGGGUUUGAGGAGGAAGAGGUUGCGUCUAAAAAGAGCAGCAGCUCCGCUGGCGCCCCGAGUCAGGGACGAGAAAGUACUGGAGAACAACGCGCGCGCUGGUGCGACUUGAUGGAUGUCGACGGCGCAGGUGGCGCUACAGCUGCUGCACAUCAAGUCGAUGUCAAUGAAAUUCGACGUUUGCACGAAAAAAUUCAAGAGGAAUUGGAAGCGGACAAGUGCAAGGAACCGCGGCGACAAAACGAUUCGGCCUCGCCGUGGAGUUCCUGGACCGGGCUUGGCACGUCCUCCACGCAGGCAUACAACAAGGAUGAAGAUCAUUCGCGGGGGCGGUGGACGACCACAGGGAUCAGCGCUGGAAGUCAUGUUCGCGGCGGAGCGAGUGGGCACGGAAAGGACAAGACCAGGAGAACGAGGAACCAACGAGCGUGGUAUGAGGAUGAAGCUAUGGCAUGGGAGGUAGAAGAUGGCGCGAGAGCGGAGGAGCACCAGCAACGCAGCGCCCGGGCUGCCAAUGAAAAGAAGGGCAGCCGGAAGUUGCUGUUGCAGCUGCGUGCACCAGAAGUGUCUUCCCGACAAGAAGAAGUAGUUGCCCCGCAGCUGGAUCUCGAACUUGUUGGGCGGAGAUUGAACCUUUUGGAGCGCCAAAAGAUAGUGAAGAAGCUAGACAAAAUUUUCCAAUGCGUAGCGGCGGCAUCAUUGUCAGCACCACAACAGCAGUUCUACCCGGCGGGAAAUACGGGGAUGGUGAUGGAUAAAGGCUACUGGCAGCAGCUCGGUGACGUGCUUUUGCAAGACCCCAAAGGUGACACCUUCAAUGGUCGCGAAGCUGUGGCGCUACCAGCGAUUCAGCCAAUUGUUGUGCAGCAAGUGCAGCCUUGGGCCCGAGCGAUUUUAGGUGACUUCAAUGCCUUGCGGCAACUGGUGAUUCAGUACCUGCCAAACAAAGACGAGCCGGAUCUUCCCCUGCUUUGGCGUACCGGCGUUCCUGGCAGGCACAGCCGCGGAUUCGGGAGCGACAAAGAGCGGGAGCAGGUGGCGUUUGGCUAUCAGGCCAUUGCUCGUUACUUUCCGCUGAUAGAGAACAUCGAAGAGCUGGAGCGCGAAGCUGCUGAGUACUUUUUGGUUUACAAAGAUUAAGAUUUUAAUUUGUCGAAUCUGCUCCAGAGAGCGAUUCUCCUUUCUUACAUAGGAGCUGCAAUGGGUGAUGUUUUUUUUUCGUCGUCUUUGCAAAAGGAUAGGUGAAGUAGUCACAGACAAGCUAUCUUGUGUAUGAGUGUGUUUAGUUUUUAACCGAUAGUACCGAAUACAAAUGCGGACCUGGUCACCCCCUUUCUGUGGAUGUUGAGCUGGACCUAGGAAGACGGGCUCGUAGUCUCCACCUACUUACUAACUUACUUCUUAAUCCGGUAGAGAUGUCUUCUGUACUUGACGAGCUUGAUCAUUUAUUUCACAGGGCGGCAUACACGGACCACGAAGCAGUGACCGAGCGGAUUUUGCAAGGAGGGAGCCUGCCUCGACUGCUCGAUCAUGUGACCAUGCAUGUGGAACACUUCGCAACCAAUGCGUUCGAGUCCGGAGGGUACAUCGUCCUUGCACUCUUGCAGCCUCUCGAUGCCGAAAAUCUUGCGGAGACGCCGGCGAGCGAGGGCGCGCGGAUGAUGGAGCAAGCGAUUUGGGAGAAGAGGCAAACUUUGCUGCUAAGCUUAUUCGAAAGCGAGGAACGCUUCGUAACUUUGAUCACAGACGAGGUCGGAGUUCGCACUUUGACAGCGGCGUUCGCUUUGCCGGAUGCUGCCCUGCGUGACGACGUCCGGAAGGCGCGUGACAAGAUUGUCGCACGGUUUUUCCACCCCGAAACUUACAAGAGCCUGGAAAAGUUUUUGGACCGAGAGAACGAAAGGGCCAAGGGCUUGCCAGAACAAGUCCCGAAAAAUAACGACCUGUUGCGCUCCCAGGUUCUGCAACGCUUCGUCAACGCGUUCCCCUUUGUGUGGCUGGCGCAACACCAGUACGCACGCUACCUCUACACGUGGAAGUGGUUGGGCAAGGUCGCGAACAUGCCGCAGCAGCGACUGAUCGCGGAGUUUUACCGCCAGCUGCUCGUGCUACUAUCAGCCCGGGCGGACGAGGAGGAGAUGGAGAAGCAGAGAAGCCAACAUGUUGGUGCAGCUUCUGGAGAAGACGCAGCUGCAUCCGGCCAGGAAGUAGCAGCUAGCAUUACGAACACCUCUUCAAGUAGAUCACCGCAUGGCCCAGCAUUCAGUAGGCCUCGAACUAAGUCUUCUAGCUCGCUGAGCACUGCCUCGGACGGAGUAAAAACAGCUCGGUUACCGGGGCCCGCCCGACGGAAAAACUGGACCGGAGACGAAGAUUUCACCGCGGUGUCCCCGAAACUUGAAGAAGCCGGCGCUAUUUUUUUGCGCGAAAACCACGAAUUUCUGAACCUACGUGCCUUGUUCACCAUGGGCUUCUCGCUGCAUCUGGUGCCACCAUACAGUGCGGCAUGGACGACAUGGACGCACGACGGACAGAUCGAGAUCCCUUGGCGGCGCGACGAGUUUCGGAAAGAACAGAUGUCCUACGUGCCCUUUGAUUGUAGAGAGGAUGACGAAGGUCAUGUCCUCUAUGACCCAGCCAGCAGCCACGACACACACUUUUUUUCGCGGCCCGGGUCAGCUUCGGGGCGGAAGAUGAGCCAUCAAAUGAUGCUAGACCACCGCGCGCGAUACACGAACAGUGGCCGCCAAGUUUCCUCUCUGUCGAAUAAGCCGCAGGGCAAUGUGCUGGAGCGCAUGGUUGGUCUACUCCGAACGCUGAUCGAACGGGACACGAAUUUGACCAAGUUCUUCCUGAGACACGAACCAGACGAGCCGCUCUCUUUGGAUGAGCGAUCGCUUGCGCAUAUCUCUGCCGCAGCAGGAGGCACAGAACCAAAUAAUGGUGCGCACGAAGGAGGAGCAAACGGAUCUAGUGGAGGCGACGCGUCAGCACGACCUCCAGCACCACUAUCAGUACUGCAUUUGAACCGUUUUGUCCUGAAGCUUGACCGUCUUCUCAAGCUGCGGUACUCAGAGGAGGGGUGGUUCUUGAUAAAGGAAAAAAACGCCGAAGACAAUUCCCUAGAAGAAGCUCGGCUUGGGGAAACCGGUACCAGCCUGAAAGCGUUCAGACAGAAAAAACAUGUUGGAUAUGGGUUGAAGUUUGAGGAGGACUUCAGCAAGCUGCUGGAUUCCAUUGCCUACAUGCGCCAGAGAAACCAGCUGAUAUUGCAGGGCACAACUUCACCAACAGCCGCGUCGGCCGCUGGUAUGUCAUACUGCUAAUUCAUAUCCACUUGCAUAAUAUACACAGAAUAUAUUAACUAGCAAUAUGACACAUAUUAAUCAAUAUGACACUUGGCAACAACAGCGCACCGAAACGCCAAAAAAGUAGCAUUAUCAUAUUGUAAUAUUGUCAUAUUGUCAUAUUGCAUAUUGCUCGCGACAGCCCCGCGGAUGAAAAUUGGCCCCGUCCGAGCUGCUUGCGGACUAUGCGGCCAUUAGGACCGCGCGCCGUUGUGCAGUUUGUGCAGAUACCAGCUAUGCGCCUCGUAGGUUUCUCGUCUCCGGAGCAUGUUGCCAACGCCCUGGCGCAGCGUUGAGCGCACUCCUGGCACGCUAUUGAUGGCACAGGCACUGUCUCUGCCGUUAGCGGCUCGACAGGACUGCAGAGUCAUGUACUAGGUUGCUGCUGGCGCAGCAUCAUCGGAGAGUGCUUUUUCGGGAACUAUUCCCGCGCCCGACCACCUGGCUAAACAGUUUGGCGCUGAUUACAGUCUUUCUGCUUCUGAGGGUAGCGCAUCUAAUCACACCGAAACUGUGUCAAACCACAUUGAUUUUCAAGCAGUUCCCGCGUGUUGGUCUCCUAGGGCUAGUAGGGGACUCGCGGCGACGAGUGGGCAGCCCGGGUGGAGUCCCUUCUUCGUAUAGGAGCAGCUGGGUGGCGGUAAGGCUAUCGACCGUCGGGGGCGUUUUCGCGAACGAAUUAGACGGGGGGCGAAGACGGCGUGUCAUUGUCAGGCCAUCUUUCGGUCCCCGAAGCCGAUGGGUCCGGUCAUAUUGCUCAAAAAGUAGUGGUCAUAUUGACAUAUUGUAAUAUUGUCAUAUGUCAUAUUGCUAAAAGUGCCAGAAUUUUGCUAGUUAAUAUAUUCUGUAUACAAUUUCAUUCAUUUUCAUACGUUAUAGACCUGCUUCUUGGCUGGUAAUGCGAUGGAUUGUUCCAUUCCCGAUCCCAUUACUUGUGGCGCCUUGUAUUUUUGCAAAUCGCGGCCGCGGCGACGGGGAGAAGAAGAUGGCGAAAUGAGAAUUCAUUUAUAAGCCAUUCUUCUGCAGCCUUUUCGUUUUGGUUUUCUUCAGGCAGCCAUGUGCCUUGUUUGUCCAAAAAUUUUAAGUACUUAAGUACAUAAACAUGUUCAACACAUUAAACAGGGCGGGAAGCCGAUCCGAAUUUGAACAUCGCUGCAAAAAGCUUUCUCCAGAGCAAUUUCCUGCAGAAGAACGACUUGAGCUCGUCACGAGACCGUAGGGAAAAGGCGACAAAAGGUAUCGAAGCGUACUUGCGAGGAGUCGCACGCUGGCAAAGUCACCCACUACCGGAAGAGGUUGCGCGAGGCCUUCUUGCAAAUGUGUGCGGGUUAUGUGACGUUCCUCAGCAGAUGCAGAUAAACAACAGCAAUGCAGCACUCGAGUACCUUCAGUGCAAGGAACAAGACGCAGCUUGUCAGCAGCAAAUGAUGCACCAAUUCGGAAGCUGCAACGAAGGCUACUGCGCUGCUUUUCUUAAUCAAUCGCACCAGCCACAGCCAGCACAAGGAGGGGCUCCGUCGGACCAAACCGCAGACGAGCUCCGUCCACCAUGGAACCCGAACUUGGCAGCGGAGCUUCAUGCAGCGUUUUGGGAAAAUUUCGCCGCACUGGAGGAAACAAAGCGCCAACUUUGCGACCUUCUUCAAACGACGCAAGCGCAGCAACAGCAACAGCAUGGAAACGCAAUUGCUGGUAGUGAAAGUGAUAUUUUUCCUGCAACAAAUGAAGCUACAGUCGGAGUAGAAUCAUUCGCAGGCUCUUCCAUGUCAGCAACAAGGCAGAAGCUGUCUGCGAGCGCCCCAAUCUUUGUUCCGCAUCAGAGUGUACCGUCAGCGCAAACACCCACUGCAGCAGGCAUCAUCAACAUGGCACCGGAGACCACGACUGGUGUGAGUAGGAUGCAGCAAUAUGAUCAUCCGCAGCAGCAGCACGAGCACUCGCUUCCGAGCUGCGGUGUUUUCACGGAGCAGGAAGCGGCAGUCCAGAAUGAAGCGAUGCAAAGUUAUUUAGCAGCGUCGAAAAGCGAUUUGUCCCAGACAUGGGCACGGUCGUGUUCUUUCGGCCAGCAGGCGCUUCAUCCCGACGCGAUUCCGAUUUCUGUUGAAGGACCGCUGCAGCAUGUAUAUGGAAAGACGCAGCCAUUUACUUUUACACCUACUCCCUGGCCUCAGGCCGACGGGCAGCAGCAGCAGCAGUUGUUGACGAUGCUCCAAUGUGCUGCUGCCUGUUCAGGAAAUCAUGAACGGUUUUCGACGAGCUCGCAUGCAGUUGAAGAUCAUUCCAGCGUGACGCCUUUGUUCGUUCCGGGUGGUGGUGCAUCGAAUUUGCCACUAUCUGCCUCCUCACUGUCUUUAUCUGCGUCUGAAGAAGGCGCCGGGACGACAGGUUUCGCGGCUGCUGUGGAUCUUCAUGCUCAUCAAUAUCCGGCACGACAGGAAAAUAAAUUGAAACAGUUGCAUGUACUACAUGAUCGUGUUCGACGGAGCAACGGGGAUGUCGCUCUUCCCAACAGUGACGAAGUACUAGACGGGGAACGUUCACCCGUGACGACUGCUCGUUCCGAACUGUCGAGUGAGGACGGUUCUUCAUCCCCCGAACGUGCACUGGACGUUGAGAUGCUGAACAUGCGACAGUCGCAGGAUGAUCAUGUCAACGUCCAUUUACCAGGAGCGGGCGAGCAGGACGGUGAGGGGGACCACGAAGAUCAAGAUGUUGUCAUGGGUACAUUCGACACGAGCAGAGUGCCGAGGACAACAAGAGAACAACUGGGAGAUAAUCAAGAUGAUCGUGACCUGCUGUAUGGUGGCGGAUCACCAAGUGACGUUGGGCCAGAGCAUCCUGGGGGGCACGUCGAACAGGAUCGCUGGUGGGGGCCGACCCCAAGUCCUCAGGAAAUCAGCGGAAGCAACUACGACCCUGCUCUUGGUGUCCGGCUUGCGUCGCUCUCGCUAGCAGAUUUCCAACAUGAGCACCAGCGAUGGGCACCAGCAUCGACAACGACAUGGGAGAUGCAAAAGAUUCAAAACAAAAGGAAACCUCCACAGGGGCAACCGCCACCGCAGGAUCAUGGAGAUGCCGAUGAAGGAGCUGCUGCAGAAUCACUUUCUGCAUCUUCCUUCAUGUCCUCGCAGCCCGCAGCUCGAGUUUCCCCACCCCCACCGAGCGCGCCACCAGUCUUGGAGGCUCUGCCUUUUAGUCCGCCCGUGUCGUCUGAUGUUGGCCUGCAUGAUGAUUUACCAAAUCCGCCUGCAGCACCUGCUGUAGAGCCAAUAAUCGAAAAGAAAAAUCAACAAGCUGACGGUGAUGCGACGGGGCUGUCGAGUGACCGCUCUCAGCUUGAUGAUAUGAUGGAGAUACAUUGAGGAAGCUUAUUAGGCUCGCAUUUACGAUUUCGUUCUUGAGAUCAAUAGAGCAGGUGGGGGGCAUUGCGGACGAUGUCUUCGCGGCCUCUUGUACGUACGUGGAAGUCAUUUUUGUAACUCUUUCAUGUUUUGACUGACUUCCGUCUCCAUGUGCAUAAUGUAGAAUUUCAAUUUUCAUAAUCUAAAUCUAAUUUUUCUCUCCUUCUUGCUCGAUGAAUACCUAUUGAAGUCGAUGUUGUUCCUUUUUCUGUCCGAUGAACAAAAACUCAUGUGCUCAUGAUUUCAUGUUAACAAAAUAUGCAGCAAAGUCAAUUCCUCGAGAAUGCCGGAUUUUUUUCUUAUUUCCGUAUUUUAAUUUUUCUCUCUUGAUAGCCUAGCGGGCGUGGGUGGGCUUCGGAGGUGGUCCUUUGCUACCUACGUCUUGGUGUAUCAUGACCACGAACGUCACCGCUUACAAAGGAUGAAUAAGCAGCGUAGGUCUAGUAAGCGGCGUUGUCGUGGCCAUGCGACCUGCGUCCGCCACACACUCAACACUAGAAAACAUAAAGAGACGAAAUAAGCAUCAGCAAGGUGCUCGGGUGUCCUCGCCUCUAAACAGCGCUGCGCCUCCCCUUUUUCACUCCGCAUGAUCUCUCAACUUCGCAUGAUUAAUUUUGAGGCAGUUUUUUCCUAUGGUAUGUUUUUGGGUCACGCAUUUUUUCGCGACUUCUUCUGUUAAAAUAAUGAAAAGCUUGCAUGAUGUCCGAUCAAAAGAAAGAUGUCCAAGACGAAUAUCAAGGUGGAAGUAUCGAAUAUGUUUUGUUUUUGAGAAGAUGGAGAUCGUCUCCUUAUCCUUCACAAGAGAUAGCAACGUGUACGUGUUACGCUAAGUAGACGUGCUGGCAGUUUUAGUUUACCAGCAAUGUUCUGGCAGGAAAAAGCUAAACACAACCUCUGAUUUGCUUGAUGACCAGUGCCGUGUUUUUACAGGAUGGGAAAGCGGACCCUUCGAUGGAACUGAUCAAAAAGGGGGUGAUACACGUUUUCCCGUGAAGCAGACUUGAAGAAGUAAAAGGCAGAGUCGUGCUUGCGGUUGGUUCUUGUUACACCAUGCUAUUUCUUUUCGCAACUUAAACUUGUACUCUGCCUCUGCAUGGUUUGACGGGGAUUUUUUCUACCACAAUCACAUAAGAUUUACACUUCUACGCUCAUCAAAGAGCGAGCGUUCGGCACUAGUCGUAGAAUAUUAGGGAAUACAGAUAGUUAGAAGGUGAAGGUUGACCAGCCGCGCAACGUGUAGGUUUCACUUACGGAAGGAAGAGAACACCAAGGUUGCAUAUUUUUUUGUUCUUGUUGCACUCUUUCACUUUCUCUUUCACUUCACCAAUACAUCUGCCGGCGACAGCUACAGUAUGUACGGCUCGAAGCUAAUCGGGGACGCCACUACUUGGUUUUCAUUAACCUAGCAACAUGCAGUUGCAGCAGAAAGAUGAAGAU